GGCCAUUUGAUGAAUGUUUGAAGACCGGUGCUUCAUUCAAGAGCAUAAAAUCAACCAGAAGAGUCGUUCAAAAGGCAUCAAAUAUCACCCACCUAUUUUCUUCCUUACCUGACCAACAUGCACGCCUCAUUCUUCACCGCCAGACUCGUUGUGCUUGCCGCCAUUGCCUCAGUCGUUGCUGGCCAGGCACUCCCCGCUGGUUGCGACCGCAACAUUACAGUUCAAGCUGGAGACACAUGUGACGGAAUCUCCGCCGCCUACAACGUUUCCACAUACCAGCUGGCGGCAGUCAACAGCGGCAUCAUUGACACCGCGUGUGACAAUCUAUAUAUCGGAGAGAAUAUAUGCCUUGGAAUUACCGGCCAAGAUUGCAGCGUCACCCACCUCAUGCAGACCGGCGACACGUGCUACAGCGUCGCCAAUGCCGCUGGUAUCUCGAUCAACACGUUGCUUGCGAACAACCCCAACGUUAACACCAUCUGCACUAACACAUAUCCUGGCGAGGUUCUUUGCACUGCGAGCCAGAUCUAUGUGAACAUUACCUAUUCGAAAUAGACAUAGAGUGAUGAUAAUAUUCCUCAAAAAAUGUAUUUAAAACAUGAUACCAGCGGAAUGUGAUAGAACUGCGCAGUGAAACUGGUUCUCAGAAAG